CUCACAUCCGAAGUCCUUACAUCCAAGAUCUUCUGCGAAUUCUCCGUUUCCAACAGCCGUAGAGUUACAGUAUAGUCUGAUUCUUUAGACACGAUAAAAAGCCCGAGUACUGGGUUAGCUCGUUCUAAAACUCUUAGAUAACUAGCAAAAGCUAAAUUAUCAAGCACUCACACAUGGCUUCUGUGGAAGAAUUCCUUAAGGCGCAGCGAUCCGAGGGUCCAGCUACAGUUCUAGCCAUUGGCACGGCCAAUCCAUCCAACUGUAUCUCCCAAACUGAUUUUCCUGACUAUUACUUCCGGAUCACUAAGAGCGAGCACUUGACAGAGUUGAAGAAGAAGUUCAAACGCAUGUGCGAUAAAUCAAUGAUAAAGAAGCGUUAUAUGCACUUGACUGAGGAUAUAUUAAAAGAAAACCCAGGUAUGUGCGAGUUCAUGGCUCCAUCUUAUGACGCGCGUCAAGAUAUAGCGGUGGUCGAGUUGCCGAAGCUCGCUAAGGAAGCUGCAUUAAAGGCAAUCAAAGAGUGGGGCCAGCACAAAUCCAAGAUCACCCACCUGGUGUUCUGCACAACCACAGGUACAGCAGACAUGCCCGGCGCGGAUUACCAGCUUAUCAAGCUCCUCGGCCUUAAAUCCUCCGUUAAGCGGGUCAUGAUGUACCAACAGGGCUGCUUUGGUGGAGGGACCGUGCUACGCCUGGCCAAAGAUUUGGCGGAGAACAACAGAGGUGCGCGUGUUCUAGCCGUGUGCGCUGAGAUUGUGGCCAUUUCCUUUCGUGGACCCUCCGAGGCUCACUUUGACUCAUUGGUGGGUCAGUCCCUUUUCGGUGAUGGGGCUGCUGCUGUGAUCAUCGGUGCGGACCCCGAUACAUGCGUUGAACGCCCACUGUUCCAGCUAGUGUCCGCUGCGCAGACGAUUUUACCGGACUCUGAUGGAGCAGUUCAGGGACAUUUACGCGAAGUAGGCUUGACAUUCCACGCAUUGAAGGACUUACCUACAAUAGUGUCGAGGAACAUUGAGCAAAGCCUGGUCGAAGCUUUCACCCCAUUUGGUGUUAGUGAUUGGAAUUCCAUAUUUUGGAUUGUGCAUCCAGGCGGUCCGGCCAUUCUUGACCAGGUGGAGGCAAAACUCAGUCUCCAAGAGGAGAAACUUAGAGCAAGUCGCCAUAUUCUUAGCGAGUACGGGAACAUGUCAACCGCGUGCGUGCUGUUUAUAUUGGAUGAGAUGAGGAAGAGUUCGGUGGAGGAUGGAAAGGCCACCACGGGUGGAGGGUUGGAGUGGGGUGUUCUCUUUGGGUUUGGGCCCGGUUUGACGGUUGAGACUGUCGUGUUACGUAGUGUCCCAGUAGAGACGAUUCACUGAGCCGGCCGGUUCGUCAGGGACUUAAAUUCCUUACUAUAUAGGAAAUAAGAAAGAGAAAUUAUGGCCGGCUAGCUUCAUUAUUAAUUGUGUAACCUCUGUUAUGAUCUGUAACCAAUUAUUUUAUAUGUAAUAUGCAUGCAAGUGUGUGAAGAUUAA